AUGGCUGACUCCCCGGACGCUGAGAUACUCCAGAAACUGCUCCAGCCGUCACCUGCCGCGGUGGCCUCGCAUUUGGCAAGACAGGCUGCAAAGGCCCCGAUCCAGAGAGUACAGAGAGCAUCUAGCGCAGACACGGAUCUAUAUGGUUGGGGAUUGACCCAGGAGAGUGCACAAGAGCUAAUGCACGAUCUCUUCGAUGUGGUGGAGGAAUUCCCAGAUAUGGUGGCCCAGCUCUGUCAUGACUUAAAGAAGCUGGGCUACUUCUCAGGGUUCCCCCUGCCCGCAGAGCGAAAGGAUAAGUUCUCCGGCAUGGAAGUCAUCAGCGAACGGGAGAUCAAAGAAACGGCGAUGGCUUUCUUAAGGCGUGGGACUGCAACAGACAGCACAGAUGCAUCUUCACACGAAGUUAGGCAGGUGGUACAGGAUGUUUCCAGCUCCUCGAGUAAGAGGAGGUCAUUUAGCAAGCAGCGGGGUGCAGCUGCCCAAAGCAACGGCAGCCGCAAUGCGGACACGACGCUCGUGAUGAUGAAUCUGCCGGUGGACUACAGUCAUGAGAAGUCCCGAGGACUAGUGGAUAGCUUGGGCUUCCGUGACAGGUACGAUGCCGUAAUCUGGUUUCCAAGAAAGCAGGUGGGCCAACAGAACCUUUCGCAUGCCGUGGUGAACUUCAAGUCCCCAGAAGACUGCAUGGCAUUCCGAAGACGCGUAAGACAGGGUGGCAUCAACCCUUCGGGAGAGAAGGAGCUUGCCUUGACCGAGAGUACACUACAAGGCUUCCACGACCUCUUCGUGAAGUACUGGUACAUGACACAGCAGAAGACUGCAGUGGUCGGCCCCUACUUUGACAAGCAGGCUCUGCAGAACCUGGGCCGCGGUUGCCCUUACUUGAUGUUGGAGAGGUCCCUUCCGGGGGAUACCAUAGCCGCCAAGGCGAAGAAGCAUCGCGAUGUUGACACUCAGAAGGCCACGACGCUGGUGGUCCGGAACCUGCCGGAUACGAUAACUAACCAGGACACUGCCCUGAAGUGGCUGCAGGCCAUCGGGGACUUGAGGGGCUAUGACUUCUUCCUCUUUUUCCCAAAGCCCAGGGCUAAAUCUAGCACCAUGGCCUAUGCUUUCGUCAACUUCUGCUGGCCGAGUCGGAUGGAGGCAUGCCUGCAGAGCCUGCGCGGCUACAGUGUCGAGGGCAGCGACCCCUUGAAUGUGGUGGUGGCAAAGGACACUCAAGGUCUCCAAGCCUGCAGGUCCCAUUUUCAGGCCCUCAUCGACGAGGGCCGGCUGCUCCCCGUCAUCCGCAGAAAGCGUGCUGCGGAUGUUGUGGCUGCAUCUGCGCAGCGAUCUGGCCGCGCCCUGGACCGUGAGGAGCUGAUCGAAGCAAUGGCCGUUGCGACUUGGGGCGGUACACUUCGCGGGGAAAAGCUGCGUGCAGAUUGCGCAGCAAAGGGCAUCCCCAUGGACAAGCUUAGCUUCGAGCAAGCAGAUGCGCUGCUUCGCCCUCGGUCCGAGGGCAAAGGUGGCACCUACUACCCACCGUUUCCCGUGUUAGGGCUCGCUAGCGAUGGCGGGCAGAUUUUCCUUAGCUGCGGUGGUGGUGGCGCGACGGCCGCCAAGGAAGUCCCUAAUGUCGUGCAGGCACAUCGCUACGAUGAAACGACUGGACAGAUGAGCACUAUCGCAUCCUUGGACACCGCCAAAUGUGUUGUUGUGGCGCUGUCCUAUGCACCGGCGCUGGAGUUGUGGUUAGGCUGCGUUGGGCGGGGCUGCAAAGUGCUGCAGCUCUCGGUGGAGAAGAACACCCUGACAGAAGUCUGCGAGUGGGAAACGGAGGAGACCGGCAAGUCCCCUUCCACGAACGUGGCGAAGUGCUCUCCGAACGGCCACUUGGUGGCUACAGGAGGCACCGAUGGCAUCGUGCGGAUAUUCGAGGCAGCCAAGCUGCAGUCGAGCCCCGUUCUGAAGCACAGCUGUGCCAAGAACGACGAAGUCCUAGAUCUCGAGUUUUCGCCGGACAACAAGGUCCUGGCCUCCUGCGAUCGGACGGGUCUCUGCAGACUUUGGGAUCCAUCGACCGGAGAAGAAACUAAGUCGAUUGACUACAAGCACGCUGGCACAGCGGUGGCAAUUCGAGCAAUACGCGCCGCAGCUGAAGACUGUCUCUAUGAGAGCGUUCGCCUGUCUCCUGCAUCACUUAUCUUUCUGUCGAGAUCGCUAUGCAUCUUGCGUGGCAUGUGCUGUACCUAUGCACCUGAAGGCCAGCAGCACUUCCUUUGCGCAAUGUCUGCCCCCAGGGGCCCUGCGUGCCUAGCGAUUUACAAUGCUGAUGGCAACGUGGUCAAGGAUGUCAAAGUUCACGACAAGCCCCUCACAGCCAUCGCAGUCGACAAAACGGGCCAAACCGUUUGUGUCAACUUGGUGACCGGCGGUAAGCGGUUGUACUCCUUGCCGAAGAUGCGAUGUUUGAAGAAAGCCGAAAAUGCUGCCCGGCAGCCAGCAAGGAAGCAUGGCCUGUACACUGUACACGUUCAGGGUCAGCUGGAUCGACUUUCAUUCGCAUAUGCAACCAGAGCCGUGAGCAAAUAUCAGUGA